UAUGGUAUCAACACGUGUGGCCUAGUUUACAGCAGGAGAUGCGGACGCAAGAAGUUUUAGCCGCAGUUUUGCAACCAAUUUUAUAUUUAAUACAGGAAUCAACAAUAGAAGAAUACGAGUCCAUCAUCCUUCCGUCCUUUAGGAGCGUAUUUUCGACUCCGAAAUCAAUUCAAGCAACGGUUACCUUGUUAGAAAAUUUACACGUUAUUCUCGAGAAAACUCCACGUGACGAUAUACGUACUGAAGUUUUGCCUAUGCUGUAUAAUGCGUUCGAAAGCAGCACAAUACAAGUUCAGAGUGCAGCACUAGUCGCAGUUACAAACGUCUCCGAGUACCUGGACGAAAUGUCGGUGCGGCGUAUGGUUCUUCCAAAAACGAAAAUGGUAUACGAAAAAAAUCAAAACGAUUUAAAAAUUGUAUCGAACGUGCUCUCCUGCGUGGAAAAGACACUAGAUCGAUUCGACAAAAGUCAAAUUAUCGACGAGGUGCUACCGUUACUUUACGACGUGCGCUUAUCGGACCCGCAAAUUAUUCUUCGUGUAGUUAAUAUUUACAGGCUCAUGCUUAGCGAUAAAAAAUAUGGGCUUUCGAUAAAUUUAAUGGCGACGAAGGUAAUGCCAUCGUUACUGCCACAAACAGUAAAUCCCUCAUUGAAUUUAGAUCAAUUUACGACUUUAUUAGAAGUGCUUCAAGAAAUGUUAGAUCAGAUAGAUAGGAAUCAGCGUAACAAAUUAAAAUUGGAUAACUUAUCGUUACCCAGCCCGGAAAGGCAUCGGCCCUUAAGGCACCAGUAUAGUUCGGAUAAUAUGCACGUUCCGCCGUUCAACAUACCAAAUUUACGAAUAGAGCAGCGGAAAACGUCUAGCGCGGAGGAUAUGGCCAGAAAGAAUUCGACAGGUGGUAUGUUGGGCGGGUGGUGGUUCGGAGGUUCACCUUCGUCGCCCGACAGCAACUUCCUGCGGGUAGUGAAUGCGUUCCCCAACCGCAGACUAUCGGAUAAUACGCUCAUGACACCAAAAAUUCGCAUCGCUCCGUCUUGCGCUUCGUCGCCGGGCGGCACUCCGGGCGGUGGAUUACCUAUUCGGCGCCAUUCCAGUAUUGGACCACAGGAGCGGAGAGGUUCAACAGUAAACCUCUCUCCUCCAACGCUUGCACGGAGCAUGAUAGGAGGUUCGAUGCCGAACACCAGCAGCAGCGUGCCAUAUCUACUUAGUAGUAGCAUGCAGAGCAUCAGAUCACGUAGGCCUUCCGCCGUCUUUGGCGGGUCGCAAGGAUCAGGUCUACUACAGCAACUGGGCUCCGGCAUGGUAAGACUCACCUCUUCACACCAUCAGGCCAACGGCAGAAUGUUGACUAGUAGCACAGUUAGGAAAUGCCCUUCCCUGAACAUAACAUUUAGCUGAAUGUACGUACGUAUGAACGACGAUAAUAACGUUCACAUUCCUGCUUUCCCACACUCAUUUUACCUCUGUCGUGCAUAAUCACUCACCAGCGGGGGCUGUUGCCUUAAUUAGUAAAGAAGGAUAGUUAUGAUAAUGCAAAAGGACCACAACAGCCCUUCGCCUAAUUGUUUUUUGAUGUUCCAGUACAACCUAUUUUCCGGCCGCCAAUAAGAAUCACCAUGAUGAUGAUUUGAGUUCAUUCGUUUAUCAUGAUUUACGUAUAUUUCAUUUUGUGGAUAUACAGAGGAAGAUCGGAAGCGGCUUAUCGAGCGACAAUCACAGGCGACAGCACACAAUGCGAGGCCCUAUCAAUCACUGUUACGUGUGUUCAUUCGCAGUGUUUUCCUCUCAAUUAUGCGAUCCCUAGGGGUUGAUAAGACAAUGUUAACUAUCAUACAAUCCUGAAAAGAUGUGCCCUAAUUACAUACAAAGCUAUCCCUUGACAAUCGUUUACACACUAAUAAUAAAUUUACAUGCCACCUACUUUUUAACACAUUGUGUCUAAAAUACUUAAUGCAUGCAAUCUUAUAUGUCAAUCUAAAAUAAUUCAAAUGUUUAUAAAUUGCGACAACUUACAUCCAAGUCGAAUUUAGAAUUUUCAUGUGUACGUAAAGACUUAUUGCCACCCUUUUCAAUCAAGAUUACUAUACUGUGAUUCGUGUGUAAGAACUUUUAACUAAAAUUGGUUGUGCUCAACGUAUAAUGUGAAAGAAAAAAAACGUAAUUUUUUAUUCGCCGUUUCUUCACAGUUUCGCCUUGGAAUAUGAGGA